CAAUCUCUCUCAAGUCAUGACUGUGGAUCAGCUCAACAUCUCCAUCUCCAACAUCACCUCAGGAAAUCCUGGCAACGUUGUCUCCAGUACACUGCUGGGAUUGUGCUGCCUAGUGGGCCUCCCUGCAAAUAUAGCUGUCGUGAUGGUCAUUCUGCGCCAGGUAAAAAUAGAUAAUGUCACCCUGAAACUGAUGCUGAAUCUGGCUUGUUCUGACAUCCUGUGUCUGGCCUCCCUCCCUGUGUGGAUCUAUUCCCUCCUGUGUGGUUGGAAUCUUGGCCGUGGGCUUUGUAAGUUCUUCUCCUUCAUGGUCUAUUGCAGCCUAUUCAUCAAUAUCAUGACUGUAACUGUGAUGAGUGUGCAGCGCUACGUGUCGGUUCUCUACCCCCAUCAGUGGGCCAGGCUGGGAAGGAGAGGUGAGAAGGUAUUGCUACCUGCACUAUGGGGACUUGCAUGCAUCCUAACUGGGCCUGCUGUUGCAACAAGGAAUACAGUGGUUACUGGUUCUGGUCUAAGAUGUCAAAGACACACUGAAUCGGACUGGGAAAGAGUGGCUGUUCUUUUUUUUGAGACAUUUGUGGGUUUUGUUCUGGGUUCCAUUCUGGUAAUUUUUUAUUUAUUACUUCACAAGCAAGUGAACCAGACAGCCCUCUUCAGCACCCAAAGGAUGACCAGAUUGGUCACUGGAAUUACUGUGACCUUCAUCAUUCUCUGGGUUCCUGGUCAUGUUGUUAACAUUGUGGACAUCUCAGCCACCUUACUGAAGUAUUCACACCCUGUUACAUCUGCUAAGUUGACAACCUUUGUGGAGUUGACACGGGACUUUGCAAAGUGCCUUACAUUUGUUAACAGUUGUGUGGACCCCUUUCUGUAUGCGUUUGCCUUUCAGAGAAUUUGGCAGAGACCAGAUAAGCGUGAGAGAGCAGACCCUGCUAUUCAGAUCUGUGUGUAAUAAUUCUGUCAAUCAUUUAUGCUUCUUUGCGAUUGUUAUAUUUUAAUUUUAUUUGAGGUAUUUAAAUCAGAGGGAGGGAGGCACCACAGCUUGAGGUGCAGAGGUUUCCUAUAUUGGGAUAACGUCUAAAAUGUAACCACUGUCAAAAAAUGGCUUCAUCAUGAUUGACCAAAGACCAACAAUUUUGGUAAAAGCAGAAACCGAAUGAAAUGAAAUCUUCAAUGUCUCCUUUCAAACCAUGCAAACUUGGUCAGUACUGAAAUGCAUCAAGGCAACAUGGUAACUGCAAAAUUGAAAGUGAAAUGAUCAAUUCGCUUUGCAGGAAGUGGUAGAUAAGAGUAGGUGAGAAAACGUUCUUGUCAGUAUCUUCAACAUGACUGUCAAACCCUGACCACAGAGAGCCCUUGGUUCUCUCACACACUUUACAUCAACUUUCAUUAUUUAUUGAGCCCUUUGGUUCCUCAGACCAUAAAGUGACAAUAAUGUUGCAAAAAACGUGAAACAUUGGCCUGGACAUCUUCAAGUGGCUCAAGUCUUUGAUGCCCUUCAUGGUACAGUGUGUGCAGAUGGAGCAGGAAAAAAGCUCUGACUGUCAGGCCCAAACACUUGAGACAGGCAAAUAAAAUGGGCUUUUACUGCAGCUAGCAAAAAAUAUAGUCUGACUUUUAUGCACAGUUAACUUUUAUGGGUGUUCUUUAAGCGAACACAUUACACCUUUUACAGCGAUGAGGCCUUACUCAGUAAAUAUGAAAGAUUAUUCUGCUCUGCAGAUUCAAAUUGAACUGUGAAUUGAGUCUGGUCAUAAAGGAGUGUAGCAUAUACAACUAGAAUGUUUUAUUGUCCUACAAAAUGCUUUCGUCAAAUUUUUGAAGCAUCAGACACAGGAGGUGUACAAUAAAUUACACUGUCAUAUUAAUAAAUUGCUCUCCACAAAUGCUAUGGCUACUGUCAUUUCAUACACCGGCCUGCUCUAGAUUGCAGACUACGUACUCUGCUCUAACUAAUAAUAACUAAAGCAUACAUGUACUGUAUGUACGAUGAGCAUACUUCUCAUGGUUAGAAUAUCACCCUUAUUUAUGAACUUCCUCGCUUCAGAACACUGAAAAGCUUUUCUCGAACUAUCAAUCCCAUUCUCCAGUCCAAGUGAUGGGGCAGCUUUAGAACAUAUUCUGAAGUAAAUAUAAUGUACAGAGUCCUACGCAAUAAAUAAGUCCUCUGCUUUUCUCAGUGUCUAACCCUCUUUUUUUUUAUAUGUCAAAUGAUGUUAUUUUCCAGCUCCAGCAGUGAGAUUGGUAUGACUGC